AUGUUGUCGGAAGCUCAAAAGCUGCAUGCUUUCCUCCUCAAAUCUGGCCUACAAAACCAUGUCUACCGCUGCAACCUCCUCCUUCGGGCCUAUACCCGAUCCGACUCCUUACCCGACGCCUACAACCUCCUCAGCCACAUGCCUCGCACCAACGUGGUUUCAUACAACACCAUCCUAUCCGCCUACGUCGGCUCCGGUCGGAUCCACGACGCACUCCAACUCUUCUCGGCGGCCCCGGAAACCGACACUUUUUCAUGGAAUAUCAUCCUCUCGGGUCUCACUCGAAACCACAGACCCGAAGAAGCGAUGGUCCAUUUCGCCCGCAUGGCCCGUAGCACUACUGCUUCUUCCAGACCUGACAACUACACAUACGCCAUUCUCAUCCCUUGCUGCGACCGAGAUUCAGGGAGGCAACUUCACGCGCAGGUUAUCAAGGUGUGUUCGAUAUCGGAUGCUUUUAUCGGUACCCAUCUCGUUAGAAUGUAUGCGGAAGUGGGAGACAUGGAUGAUGCUUGGAAGGCGUUUGUUGAAAUGUCCAACAGAGAUGUGGCAUCGUGGAAUGCUUUGAUUUCCUGCUACUCGAAGGCCGGGAUGGGCGAAUUUGGUUUGGAGCUGUUUAGGAUGAUUUCCGGAGAAGGUACGCUGUUGGAUGAGUAUACUUUUGCUAUUGUUUUGAAUGAGUUCGCUUCUCGUUCCCGGGUUUUAGAAGGGACGCAGGUGCAUUCAUUGGUUAUUCGACACGGUUUUUGCUUCGAUCGCUUUACCUGCAAUGCUUUGGUGAACUUUUAUUGCAAGUGUGGGCUUGUUGCUUCAGCGGCUCGGAUAUUUGACGAAAUACCUGAACCAGAUGUGGUUUCUUGGACAGCGUUGGUAGCCGGACUUGUUCAGGUUGGACAGGAGAAGAAUGCAAUGCGAGUCUUCGAUCAGAUGUUGUUCACUGAUGCGAAGCCUAAUUCCUUCACUUUUGGUGGGUUGCUCAACGCCUGUGCGUAUACUAAUGCAUUUGAAAGGGGUAAGCAGUAUCAUGGCCUUGUUUUGAAGUUUGGAUUGGAGUCUGAUGUGGUCGUGGGAAGUGCGAUAGUAGAUAUGUACUCUAAGUGUGGUGAAAUGGAUGAUGCAUCGAGGCUCUUUCACGGCAUGCCCGAGCGAGAUCUUAUUUCAUGGAAUGGAAUGAUAUGCGGGUUUGCUCAAAAUGGCCAAGUUAUGAAGGCUUUGAAGCUUUUUGCAGAGAUGGUGCAAUCAGGUGGAAGUUCCAGCCUCCCAAACCACAUCACAUUCAUUGGCGUCUUGAAUGCGUGCGGUCAUGGUGGUUUGAUUCAUGAGGGCCGUCAAUAUUUCAAUGACAUGAUUCACAAGUAUAUGAUUGAGCCCAAGGCCGAGCACUACACAUGUAUGGUCAAUAUUUUGGCACGAGCGGGUCGAUUGGAAGAGGCAGAAAAUUUUAUUCUCACCUCGCCAUUCGAGCCUGACAGUGUAAUGUGGGGCACAUUGCUUGGAGCUUGCAAAAGAUUUGGGAAUUUAGUCAUGGCAAGGCGCAUUGCAGAACGGCCUUUUGUGGAUGAACCGGAGAACUCUUCGAAUUAUGUUCUUUUAGCUAACAUGUAUACUGUCAUUGGUGAGUGGGGCAAUGCAUUUGACGUUAGGGAAGUGAUGGAUGCAAGAGGAGCUCAAAAGAUGAUUGGGAGUAGUUGGAUUGAGAUUAGGAAUUGUGUGCAUUCCUUUGUGGCGGGUCAUAAGGACCAUCCACAGAUCCAUUCAAUUUAUGAAGCAGUGCAACAUUUAUGCUUGCAAAUGGAAGGAUAUUAG